UGCGCAAAAGAUGCUGUGGUGCAUGCUGGGCGGGCGUCUUCCUCCUCCUCCCCCUUCCCGCCGUGACUGUGCAGAUACCGGCGCUUUCCUGCCGUUUAGCCCCCCCGACGCCCCGUGAGUCGCUGCCGGGAUGGUCGGGGUGAAGGUGAUCGCUAACGACGCCGACUUCCAGAGCGAACUGAGCGCCGCCGGCUGCCGGCUGGCGGUGGCCAAGUUCACCAUGAGAGGAUGUGGUCCUUGUUUGAGGGUAGCUCCUGCUUUCAAUGCUCUGAGCAAUAAAUAUCCCCAAGCAACAUUUUUGGAAGUUGAUGUACAUCAGUGCCAGGGGACAGCUGCCACUAACAAUAUAUCAGCAACUCCGACAUUUCUUUUCUUCCGGAACAAAGUGCGAAUUGAUCAGUAUCAAGGUGCUGAUGCGGUGGGAUUAGAAGAUAAAAUCAAACAGCACCUAGAAAACGAUCCUGGAAUCAAUGAGGAUGCCGAUAUUCCAAAGGGAUACAUGGACUUGAUGCCAUUUGUUAAUAAAGCUGGAUGUGAGUGUCUUAAUGAAAGUGAUGAACAUGGAUUUGAUAAUUGUUUACGUAAAGACUCCACCUUCUUGGAAUCAGACUGUGAUGAGCAGCUGCUUAUAACAGUAGCUUUUAAUCAACCGGUCAAGCUUUAUUCUAUGAAAUGUCAAGGACCUGAUAAUGGUCAAGGUCCGAAAUAUGUAAAAAUAUUUAUCAAUCUUCCUCGAUCAAUGGAUUUUGAAGAGGCAGAAAGAAGCGAACCCACUCAAGCUUUGGAACUAACCCCAGAUGAUAUUAAAGAAGACAGCAUAAUUCAGCUUCGCUAUGUAAAAUUUCAGAAUGUUAACAGUGUAACUUUAUUUGUCCAGUCUAAUCAAGGUGAUGAAGAAACAACAAGAAUUGCAUAUUUCACAUUUAUUGGAACACCAGUUCAAGCAACAAACAUGAAUGAUUUCAAGCGAGUGGUAGGAAAAAAAGGAGAAAGCCACUAAGAUGCAACCAAGAUGCUGGAAGGGCCUUAUCACACACUCAGCGUGGAAUUUCACAUUAGCUUCAGCUCAUGGAAGGUCACUCAGCCAUAACCAGAGACUGUCAGUCUGUUCCAUUUUACUGCCAUUACAAAUAAAUCAGUGGAUUUUGUUAAUAUGAGAUUUCACUAAACGUGUUUUCUGUUGUAAUCUUGGAGCAAAAAAAAAAAAUUGUAAAUAAAAUCCAUUAAUUUUGUCAAAA